AUGACUCUCAAACGCUCAUUGUCCAGUCGACUCAAGUCGACAUUCACCAAGAUGAAGAAAACUAACAAGGAUACCUCAGAUCUAACAAGUAAUCCCCUUGAUCUGCAAUCUAUAUCAACCAAAGCGUCUACAAAAAGUUAUAUGGACGAGCCAUCGGAAGGCCGUAAACCAUCCAUCACAGAGUCAGUUCAGUCCAUACCAUCCAGAGAGGUGGUAUUGUUGCCUUCCAACCCUGGAAACGAAAAUGCUUUUCCCUGCAGUCCUGAACAACUGACGCCGAUCUUGCCUCGGUCGAGCUCUGAACUGCUUCUUUCGCCAUUUUCAGUGUCACCUAUGAAGGUCAACAAUCAGCGAUCACUCUCCAUCAACGUGAGUACCAUCAACUCCAACAAUAAUCAAACGGUAUCUAUGAUGUCGCCUUCGUUCGAUAUUUUUGAUACCGCUAUUUCUAAAACAGAAACUGCUACCUCUUUGCCUUCGACAGAACCACCGCCUUCUCCGCAAGCCGGAGUCAACGAUCAGUCGAUAUUUGCUAAAGCUAACCAGAUUGAUCAUUUCGACAAGUCUCUUAAUAUGGUGGACAAUGACAAACUGGCUGAGCAAAUGGCGUUACACAUAUUAGACAAGAUUUCCGAAGAGCAUUCGGUUGAUGAGCUAUCCAGACUCAAGGAUGAGGUCAUCCAUCCGGUGAUGUCACCGAUUCUCAAAUAG